AUGUCGUCCCCCGCCAAGAUGAUUCGCCGGAAGAAGAACGUCAAGAAGGGCAUUCAGUUCUGCCUCAUGGUUUGCGGUGCCUCUGGAACUGGCCGCACCACUUUUGUCAACACACUCUGUGGCAAGGACGUCCUCCAGCACAAAGACUCGGACGAUGCCACCGAUGCUCAUGUUGAAGAUGGCGUUAAGAUCAAGCCCGUCACUGUCGAGCUCGAGCUCGACGAGGAGGGAACCCGCAUCUCCCUAACCAUCGUCGACACACCUGGUUUCGGUGAUCAGAUUGAUAACGAAGCUAGCUUUGCGGAAAUCGUCGGCUACCUCGAAAGGCAAUACGAUGACAUCUUGGCCGAGGAGUCUCGCAUCAAGCGUAACCCCCGCUUCAGGGAUAACCGAGUUCACGCCAUGCUUUACUUCAUCACCCCCACCGGCCACGGCCUGCGAGAGCUCGACAUUGAACUGAUGAAGCGCCUGGCUCCUCGCGUCAACGUCAUCCCCGUCAUUGGACGUUCCGAUACUCUCACCCCUGCAGAGCUGGCCGAGUCGAAGAAGUUGGUCAUGGAGGACAUUGAGCACUACAGAAUCCCCGUCUACAACUUCCCCUACGAUAUCGAGGAGGAUGACGAGGACACCGUUGAGGAGAACGCUGAGCUACGGGGACUCAUGCCUUUUGCUAUUGUGGGCUCCGAGGAUGUUGUCGAAAUCAGCGGCCGCAAGGUUCGCGCUCGCCAAUACCCCUGGGGCGUCGUCGAGGUCGACAACCCUCGUCAUUCGGACUUUUUGGCCAUCCGUUCCGCUCUCCUCCAUAGCCACCUCGCGGACCUCAAGGAAAUCACGCACGAUUUCCUGUACGAGAAUUAUCGUACCGAGAAGCUGUCCAAGAGUGUCGACGGGGCAUCUGGAAACGCCGACAGUUCAAUGAACCCCGAAGAUCUCGCCUCCCAGUCCGUUCGUCUCAAGGAGGAGCAGCUUCGGCGCGAGGAAGAGAAGCUCCGAGAGAUCGAACUCAAGGUCCAGCAAGCUCGCAUGCAGCGGGAAGCGUCCCAGUCUACUCCUGUGCCCGAAGCCAACGGCGAAGCCGCGGAAUAG